CCAAUGGGGAGCGGCAAGGGCUCGGUUCGCCCGUUCUCACGCCCCACCCUCGGGCCGUGCUGGAAGAAAGUUUCGCCCCGCCGCCAAGAGAGACGAGCGAACAUGGCCUCGCUGAGGUGGUUCUGGUGUGUGUGUGCGACCGCAGCGGUGGCACUGCUGCUCCUUUCCAAGGUUCCUUCGGCUUCUGCCCAAAGAAAGAAGGAGAUGGUCUUAUCUGAGAAGGUUGGUCAGCUGAUGGAAUGGGCCAAUAAGAGACCUGUAAUAAGAAUGAAUGGAGACAAGUUCCGUCGCCUUGUUAAAGCUCCACCAAGAAAUUACUCUGUUAUUGUCAUGUUUACUGCUCUCCAACUUCAUAGACAGUGUGUCGUUUGCAAGCAAGCUGAUGAAGAAUUCCAGAUUCUGGCAAAUUCUUGGCGAUACUCCAAUGCAUUUACCAACAGGAUAUUUUUUGCCAUGGUAGAUUUUGAUGAAGGCUCAGAUGUAUUUCAAAUGCUAAACAUGAAUUCAGCUCCAACUUUCAUCAACUUUCCCCCGAAAGGAAAACCCAAAAGGGCUGAUACAUAUGAGUUGCAGGUGCGAGGGUUUUCAGCUGAGCAGAUUGCCCGGUGGAUUGCAGACAGAACUGAUGUCAACAUUAGAGUAAUUAGACCUCCAAAUUAUGCUGGACCCCUAAUGUUGGGAUUGCUUCUGGCUGUUAUUGGUGGACUUGUGUAUCUGCGAAGAAGCAAUAUGGAGUUUCUCUUUAAUAAAACUGGAUGGGCUUUUGCAGCUUUGUGUUUUGUACUUGCUAUGACAUCUGGCCAAAUGUGGAACCAUAUAAGAGGACCACCAUAUGCUCAUAAGAAUCCUCACACAGGACACGUGAAUUACAUCCACGGGAGCAGCCAGGCCCAGUUUGUAGCUGAAACCCACAUCGUUCUUCUCUUCAAUGGUGGCGUUACCUUAGGUAUGGUGCUUUUAUGUGAAGCUGCUACCUCUGACAUGGAUAUUGGGAAGCGAAGGAUGAUGUGUGUUGCUGGGAUUGGACUCGUUGUGUUAUUCUUCAGUUGGAUGCUCUCCAUCUUUCGAUCAAAAUACCAUGGCUAUCCAUACAGCUUUCUGAUGAGUUAAAGAGGAUUCCAGAGAAACAUUGACACUGAUGUGUGUGCUUUACAGACCUUUCCUCUUGGGCCAAGGUAUCGUAUACACUGUGUGAUCUGAAAAUGGACUGUGUCACCUUUGGAAAGAUCCAUGUCUUCCUGUGUCUUUCCGCCUGAAAUCAGCUACACAUGCCUCCUUUUACACAUUGAGAAGUACCUCUAAGUAAAGACUAUGAUGCGUGCAUGAGUGUGCUAUAACUACCUUGUACAUGAAAAGAUUUCUCAUUCAUUCUGUUUCUAGUUUGAUUGAAAGUGGCCCUUCUCUAAUAAUAAUAAUAGUUUCUUGCUAAAAAAUCAGUAUAACUUAUAAAUGGUCUCAAAUGUUUGUAUAAGUUAUACAUUGUCAUUGAUUUCAUUUUUACCUAACAGAAAAAUAAGCUGAGUUGUGUUCAUGGAAAGGACUCUCUUAGAAGAAUGAGAAAACACAAUCAUGAAAUACUGAUUUGUUGCCUAAGUACAGAAAUAAAAUGGCUUGCCAGACUGUGGUAGAUGAAGGCUGAGCUCUGUGAGUUUGUGGUCAGCCUGGGCUACAUAGUGAGACCCUGUCUCCAGG